AUGAAUCGUCAUCCACCAUCUAACCCAUUCGGGGACGAACCCCCGUCGUAUGACCAAGAGACGGCCUCAUUCUUAUCAGAAGUCGAGUCUCCAACACGGCAAAAUGGACCAACAAUGCGCCUGCUUCCUACCAGUGGGGAGGAGUAUGGUGACUUGAGCGAAAGUCCAAGAGCUGCAUCACCGUUCCAUUACCAACAAGCCUAUGACCAAGUGUAUGAUCAAGAUUAUGACACAACCCCAAACGGACAAACAAACGACUAUGAGAACCGAUUUUACCAGGUCCCGAGCGCAAGCUCACCUUCGCGUCCGGCAUCAAGCAUGGCCAGCGCCCCCAGUUUGCCAGCACCCACCGCCAGUCUAGCCGACCCUUCCGUCUACCCAUCGAUUCCCCCGCGCACAGGAUCCCCCAUCCGACCUUGGAGCCCUGGGCAUGUGCGACCUCCCUCCGUAUCAAGUGUUGGAUAUGAGCGGUCCGAUAUUAAUGGUAGUCCUCGACCGGGUACUCCGAGCUCACGUUAUGGAGGCAGCCCUCGGCGGCCCUUGCCCCCGGCUCCAUUAUUCUCUGGCCCUGCUCACUCCGCAGCGGCAGACACAAGCAUCGACAUUGGUGAUGGAAUGGGCGAGGAUCCCUUCGGUGAUCCGUUCGGAGGUGCAGGUCAGACCAUUGGCCACAAUUCGCGUGGCAGUGUACGAUCUUUCCUGAGUGAAUCUACUUUUAUGGGUGAUGAGAAGGAUCAUAUGUCCAAGGUCAACCUGGACGAUGAGUACGGCGAAGGCGACAUCGAUCCCAACAUGCACUAUGGCCCUGCGCCUGAGAAACAGGCCCGCCGAGGUGUCCGUGACGCACAGAUGGCCAAGAAGGAGGUCCAGCUGAUCAACGGUGAACUUAUCCUGGAGUGCAAGAUUCCGACUAUUCUGCACAGUUUCUUGCCUCGUCGUGACGAGCGCGAGUUCACCCAUAUGCGAUACACGGCUGUCACUUCCGACCCCGAUGACUUUACAAGUCGCGGUUACAAGCUUCGGCAGCAAAUUGGCACCACUGCCCGUGAGACCGAGCUCUUCAUUUGUAUUACCAUGUACAACGAAGAUGAGAUUGGCUUCACCCGCACCAUGCAUGGUGUCAUGCGCAAUAUCAGCCAUCUUUGCUCACGUACCAAGUCUCGUACCUGGGGCAAGGACGGGUGGAAGAAGAUUGUGGUGUGCAUUAUUUCCGAUGGACGUAAGAAGGUUCAUCCUCGCACUCUGAACGCCCUGGCUGCUCUUGGUGUCUAUCAAGAGGGCAUUGCCAAGAACGUCGUCAACCAGAAAGAGGUCCAGGCUCACGUCUACGAGUACACUACUCAAGUAUCUCUUGAUUCUGAUUUGAAGUUCAAGGGAGCUGAGAAGGGUAUUGUUCCCUGCCAAGUCAUUUUCUGUUUGAAGGAGCACAACCAGAAGAAGUUGAACUCCCACCGUUGGUUCUUCAACGCCUUUGGCCGAGCUCUGCAGCCUAACAUCUGUGUUCUUCUUGACGUUGGUACCAAACCCGACCCUACCGCCUGUUAUCACUUGUGGAAGGCCUUCGACCAGGACUCCAACGUCGCCGGUGCCGCCGGAGAGAUUAAGGCCGGUAAAGGCAAAGGCAUGCGCGGUCUUCUCAACCCCCUUAUUGCCAGUCAAAACUUUGAAUACAAGAUGUCCAACAUUUUGGAUAAGCCUCUGGAGUCUGUCUUUGGUUACAUUACCGUGUUGCCUGGUGCGCUCAGUGCCUACCGCUUCUUCGCUUUGCAAAACGAUGCAGAUGGCAAUGGUCCCCUGAACCAAUACUUCAAGGGUGAAACCCUCCACGGUCAAGAUGCUGAUGUUUUCACCGCCAACAUGUACCUUGCCGAGGAUCGUAUUCUUUGCUGGGAGUUGGUCGCCAAACGAGAAGAAAAGUGGAUUUUGAAGUUCGUCAAGAGUGCCGUCGGUGAGACUGAUGUGCCGGAUUCGAUUCCUGAGUUCAUCUCGCAACGUCGCCGUUGGCUGAACGGUGCUUUCUUCGCGGCUGUGUACUCGAACUUCAAUGCCAAGCAGAUUUGGUAUACUGAUCACAGCCUCGGUCGGAAGAUCCUCCUUCACAUUGAGUUUGUGUACCAGUUCUUCAACCUCCUGUUCACCUAUUUCGGUUUGGCAAAUUUCUACUUGGCUUUUUACUUCAUCGCUGGUUCUUUGACCGACAGCACAAUCGAUCCGUUUGGCCACAACAUGGGCAAGUACAUUUUCUAUGUACUGCGUUAUGCUUGUACGCUUGUCAUGGCUCUGCAGUUUAUCAUUUCUCUGGGUAAUCGACCGCAAGGUGCAAAAAAUCUGUAUAUGGCUGGUAUCAUUGUCUACGCUAUCAUCAUGGCCUACACCAUCUUCUGUACCCUCUAUCUCUUGGUCUUGGAGUUGGAAGCGCGUGCAAGUGGUGGUACUUCUGAUCUCACGGUCAGCAGUACAUUGCUCAUGGAAAUUGUCAUCUCCAUGUUGUCAACUGUCGGCUUGUACUUCUACAUCUCCAUCCUCUACCUCGACCCGUGGCACAUGAUCACCUCCUCGCUCCAAUACUUCUUGCUGAUGCCAAGUUACAUCUGUACCUUGCAGGUGUACGCCUUCUGCAACACUCACGAUGUAACAUGGGGUACAAAGGGAGACAACGUCAUCAACACCGAUCUCGGUACUGCGAAGACCAUCGACGGCAAAACCGUCUUACUGGACAUGCCAUCCGAACAGCUCGACAUUGACAGUGGAUAUGAUGCCGCGCUGCGCAAUCUCCGUGAUCGCCUUGAGGUUCCCGAGCCACCCCUCAGUGAGGCCCAGAUGCAAGAGGAUUACUACCGUGCCGUGCGUACUUACAUGGUCUCCGUCUGGAUGGUAGCCAAUCUUAUUCUCGCGAUGGUCGUCACAGAAGUCUACGGCGUCGACGCUAGCGGCACGAACUACUACCUCUCGAUCAUUUUGUGGUCCGUGGCUGGUCUUGCUCUUAUCCGUGUUGUUGGUUCAACUACUUACGCCCUCCUGCAUCUUGUUCACAAGAUCGUCGAAACAAAGACCAAAUUCGACGCUGGAAAUCUUACAAACUUUGCUCCGAGCGUAUUUGGUGGAAGCAGUACCGGUACUAGCUCUGAGCGCUCCAAGCCUGUUCGGUACAGCGGUAAACCGAGUUUCAAGGAUCGUAUGAAUGAGGCUAGAUGGGCCGCUGGUCGGACAGCUGGCAAGGCCAUGUUCUGGCGCAAGUAG